UUUAUUAAAAUAAUAUAAAACAAUAAGUGAUUUUUUUGUAUUUGUUUUUUUUUUUAUUAAAUAGCAACCCUAGAUUAAUUUUGUGAUGUUGGCAGUAGUGAAAAUUUGUAGGCCUUGGUUGGCUAGACGUCGUGAUAAUUUCUUUUCCCAUCCGUACCCGAUUGGUGUCGCGUUAUCCAAAUGGGUAAACCCAGAGGAAUCCGCACGGCGCGCAAGCACGUGAACCAUCGUCGUGAGCAACGAUGGGCUGACAAGGAAUUCAAGAAAGCCCACAUGGGGACGAGGUGGAAGGCUAACCCCUUCGGUGGUGCAUCUCACGCUAAGGGCAUCGUCCUGGAGAAAGUUGGUGUUGAAGCCAAACAGCCCAACUCUGCCAUCCGCAAGUGUGUGCGUGUACAGCUCAUCAAGAACGGCAAGAAGGUAACCGCGUUCGUGCCCCGCGACGGUUGCCUCAACCACAUUGAAGAGAACGACGAAGUGCUAGUGGCGGGAUUCGGUCGUAAGGGCCACGCCGUCGGUGACAUUCCCGGAGUCAGAUUUAAGGUGGUGAAGGUAGCAAACGUGUCCCUCCUAGCCUUGUACAAAGAGAAGAAGGAGAGGCCGAGGUCAUAAUUUUGCACUGUGAUAAGUGACCUGCUAACGGGAAGCGCGUUGUUUUUAAGUGUAAAUUUAUAAAAAUGUAAAAUCAAGUACAUAAUAAACAUUGUGUACGACA